UCGCUCACUGAUACCCCUGUUCUCUCUUUCGAUCUCUCUCGUCUUAACCUGUUAUUCUUCUUUCACUUUCUUUGCUGAUCUCCGUUUUUAAGCUCAUCGAUCAUCUCUGGGAACAAUCUUCUCUCUAAUAUCCAUAGAUAUUCUUCAUCGGAGUGAACUGCAGAAACCCUUGAAGUAAUUCUUACUUCCAUAGAUCUCCUUCAUCGGAGUGAACUGCUUAGAAAUCCUUGAAGUUAAGAUGAUGCAAGAUCUAAGGAACGCCCCUCCAGGUUUCAGACCCUGCAAAUCAGCUCCUUGUUCCCCAGCGAAGCCUAUUGGGAUCCCCAGAACUCGCUCAGAGUCUUUUCAUAUGACGCAUAAGGUCCCAGUUGGAGAUACUCCCUACGUGAAGGCCAAAAACGUCCAGUUGGUGGACAAGGACCCAGAAAGGGCGAUUCCUCUAUUUUGGGCUGCAAUUAAUGCUGGAGAUAGAGUUGAUAGUGCUCUUAAAGACAUGGCAAUUGUGAUGAAACAACAGAAUAGGGCGGAGGAAGCCAUUGAAGCUAUUAAGUCACUAAGAAGUCGGUGUUCAGACCAAGCACAAGAGUCUCUGGAUAAUAUUCUUCUGGAUCUUUACAAGAGAUGUGGAAGAUUAGAUGAUCAAAUUGCGCUUUUGAAGCACAAAUUGUGCUUGAUUCAACAAGGGGUGGCCUUUAAUGGAAAGCGUACCAAAACCGCUCGAUCUCAAGGAAAGAAGUUUCAAGUUUCUGUGGAGCAGGAAGCCACUCGCUUGCUGGGGAACUUAGGAUGGGCACUUAUGCAGCAGAACAACCAUAUUGAAGCAGAAGAGGCCUAUCGAAGAGCCCUUUUGAUUGCGCCAGAUAACAACAAAAUGUGCAAUUUAGGCAUCUGCCUGAUGAAACAGGGGAGGAUUGCUGAGGCUAAAGAAACACUACGACGAGUGAAACCGGCUGUGGCAGACGGCCCACGAGGAAUGGAUUCCCAUCUAAAAGCCUUUGAUAGGGCACAACAAAUGCUCCAUGACCUUGAAUCAGAAAUGAUGAAUAAAGUAGUAGACAGGGUGGAACAGAGUAGGCUCUUUGAUACCUUCUUGGGUUCUUCUUCAGUUUGGCAACCUCAGCCUUGCAAUGAGCCCACUCUUCUCCCAUCUGCAAAAACAACACAAGAAGACGAUUUUUCCGAUGAGAAUGUAGAUUCCAACAGAAUAACUAUCCCAUCACAGAGAAGCUUGAAGCCCAUUGUCCCAUCUGGGAGGAAUCCUCUCAACAUUGAUGCACCAUCACAGAGAAGCUUGUUGAAAUCCAUAGUUCCAUCUGGAAAUUCUCUCAACAUUGACGCACCACCAUUCUAUUCAUCGAAGUUGAUAGUAGACCAAAGUGAAGACCAAUUUCAUGACCCUCUGGGUCGACUCAAGAGAACCAGGUCUGGUAAUUCUGCUCCUUCUCUUAUGAGAGGGCUUGAACGGGGGGAAGACUACACAAGACAUGCUACUACAUCAAUUGGUAUGGAGCAACCAGAAUACAAGACUAGAAGGUGCUCUCCUCCGAUUGAAGAAAAUGGGGACAAGUGGAGGGACAAGUGGACAGAGUUGUUGUUGCCUGAUGACAAGGAUUUUGAAGAGGCCAUCACAAGGGCAGUUCUUGGUUCACCUAAUUAUACAUCCAAGACAGUGGAGACUAUUUCCAACAAUCCUGAAAUUUGCCAGAGAAAGAUCGACAAGAGGCUAACAGCUUUCCAAGAUAUUACACUCUCCAUGAGCCCAAGAACCUCCCUCCUGGCUUGGAUGGGAUAGCCCGACUCAAAUCAGUUAGAAUUCAGGUUUCUCUAAUUCACUUAAUAUGUUUUUAGGACGGAGAUGAACUUGUUCUCCUCAACUCCAUUGAUUAUAUUACUCAAGGUCGAAUGGAGUAUAUCACUAGUGGGGGGUAGGUAAAUAAGAGUAAUGUAGCUUUAAUUGCUUUCUAAAUUCAUUGGUUGCCUCUGAAAGAUGGCUAAUUUGAUGUUUAUGGGCUUUAUUCAGAGCUCUUUUCACUUGUAUCCUAACAGAUUUAAUUGAAAAUAAGUGAAGAUGGGGCUUUAAUUCAAGCUCCAUUGAUUAUAUUA